AUGGAGACGUCGACUUCACUGUGUCUCUCCGUCCUGCCCAGGGAGCGGAUGGCGCGGAUCACAAAACACCGCCGGUACUUUUUGCUACAACUUGACUGGGUGCUGGGCAGGGCAGAGGCGCUCGCCGGUCUGCACCCGGCUCGCGCUCCGGGGGAGGAUUACCGGCCGGUCCACGGGCCCUUGGCAAGGGACUACCACCACGUCACCACCUUGACUGGAAAGCUGCGGCGGCUGCAGGCCCGACUCCGCGAGCUGCACAAGGACUUGUAUGUCGUGGACGACAGACUAUACUUGAGUCACGACUCACGUGUAUUCCGGAAACUGAGCAACAACGUCGAGCACGGCGACGGCGGCCUGGACCCGAUCAGCCGGGCCUCGUGA